AUGCCUUCGCGUUGUGUUGUAUUUGGCUGUUCUAACACUCCUGAUCCGAAAAACGGUGUAAUACUUCACAAGAUUCCUUACGAUGGUGAUUCGAGGCCAGAGGCGAUAAAACGACGCAAGCGCUGGGUCGAUUUUGUUAAGCGCAAACGCGUUAAAUGGGAGCCUUCCAGUACAAGCUGCAUAUGCUCGAAGCAUUUUGAACCGGACGCCUUUGUUCGCAAAGUAAAUUUGCCUGGGCAAGAAACAACGUACAUUCCGUGGCUGAAAAAAGAUGAAGUCGGUGUUUCAUCGUUUCCAACACUUUCGAUUGCCAACGAAGGCGACGAAGAUACAACAUCAAAGAGAACAGCAAGAGCGCUUAGACGCAAGGUGAGACACUAUUGAAAAACAUUCGCAUAUUUAUAAAUACGAUAUAAUAAAUCUCACAAUAUUUCUAUUGAUUACCGCAAAAACCCCUUUUAUAGAUUACGAAAGAACAACAUGCAACAACCGCAGAAGAGCAACAAACAUCUACGCCAUCUACAUCAACUGAGUUGGGAGAAAUAGAUGUUUUUAUGGAGGAAACUGUGCAUCAUGGCAGCUCUGCAGCAGGAAGCAUUGUUUUGGUAAAUAUUUACAUGUAACACUUCACUUUAAUUCUUUGUAUUAAAUUUGCACACCGCAAAUCGGUUUGUUACAAACUUAGCUUUGUUAUUAAAUACAUAUUUAUAAAAUUAAUACACAUUGUGAGGCUGGUUUACACCAUAUGUAUGAUUAUCCACAAUUUACCAAUUGUUUUUGUUUGACCUCAAAGGACGAUGAACGGAUACAAAGUGAGAAAUUCACUCAAACAAUAGCCACACACGUGUGUGACAAAUGUGUCACCAUGCAAGAGGAAAACAGACUUCUUCGUAAUAAACUUGUGGAUGAGAAUCAUAAGUUGAUCAAGGAGAAGAAAAUCACCGCUGAAUUACGUUCAAGUAAGCUCCUUGCAUGGGCUUGAAUUAAUAUUUUAAUACAAGAGACAUGGUCCCCAUCACAUCAGAUCUUAUAUAUUAUAUAAUUUGUAUGCCGUAAUGAAUGUUUAUAAUGUCUGUUAUUGCUAGCCUCAGUAUAGACUGUAUUUAUUAACUGUGAUAAUACAGUGUGUAUGCUACUGUAGUUAUUGGUUACCAUAUGCCAUGCUGUAUGUAUUUUAUUAGAGAUUGAAUUCAUUGAAAUAGUAGAAAAGUUUGCAGGAGAAAACCCACAAAGCACCAGCGAGGAAUUUGAAACUGUUGAGAACUCAGAAAGUACAGAUGAUGAACCAUCUCAGGGAAGUUCUCAGGAAUAUGAAAUGGAAACAGAACUUACAGAAGAGGAAUCUGAUCAAUCAUCCAAUAUCGAGACCAGGUAAAUAAGAUUAUAAAUUAUUACUAUUUGCUUUGGCAUUUAUCUUCUAUUAUAGCCCUUAGAUGACUUUGUUGCUGUGAUAUUUUCACUGGUGAACUAUCAAGCCUAAAAAUAUUUUUUGAAGGCUGCCAUGGAGAGUGGUGCUGUGGACAGUUUUUCAGGCACCAACUGGGUGGUGACUGACACCUCUGGACUGACACUUUUCACUAAUGCUGGACAUCACAAAUGUCAUAGUUAUACUAUAAUAAUAUAAGAAGCCAUGUUAAGAAAAUGAUCCACAUGUGUCCUGGUGGGACACAAAAAUAAUCCACAUGUGUCCUGGCCGGAUGUUGCGAAGCAAUGUCUGUCAGUCUUUGUGGUUACUUGAUCAGUGAAUCGGCCUCAACAGCCUUUGAUCAGGCUUGUAAACUAUACUGUUAUUGCCAUUCAAUUAAGUUUUACAUCCUGUCUUUUAGCACUAAUAAACCUAUUGGCAACCUUCGGACAGAGCCCAAAUAUGUAGUGUUCUUUUCCCAACUGUUACUGCUUUUUAAUAUUUGUCCAUCGUGCAAAGCUGAUAACCCACUGGUCGAAACUACUGAAUGUGGCACAAUGGUUACAGUACACACACAAUGUGGUAAUCCUGAGUGCAAACAAAGAGAGUCUGUGUGGCAUAGUCAACCAAACAUGGAAGGAACCAAAAUAACUGCAGGAAACUUUCUCUUAAGUUUUGCAAUCUUGUUGGCUGGAGCCUCUGCAAGCAAAGUGCUGAGAGUCCUUUCUCAUAUGGGAUUGUCAUGCAUUUCACUGAGAACCUUCUACAAUCAUCAGAGGGUGAGAUUAACAUUCAUUGCUUUUUAAUGACUCAGUGCCUAACAUAACAGAACACUUGUGAUAGUUAAUCAUGAGUGGCCAUGUGCAGGCUGGUGUCAUCAAUCUUAUUUGUGUAUUAUUAAUUAACAAAUUUAUUCAUAAUAUUGUUUUACUUACUUGUCAAAUUUACAGUUGAUCUUGCCUUAUGUUAAAUUUUUUUAGUAGUUCUCCUUAUUAAACACAAGGCCUGUUCAACAGAAUGGCUUGAAAUUUGAUUGGAUAAAGUAAAUGAUAAAAGUCCAAUAAUAUUAUGGAUUGAUUUGAAUUUGGUUGAGGCUUUAUUUAUGAGACUAUUUCUCCAUAUAUACACUGUCAUGUUACUGGUAACUCAUUGCAUUGGUCAGCUGUGAUUUAAUUUUAAUUUAAUGUAUAUAAAAAUAAUUGAUGUUUUCCCCUUUGCAAUGUGUCCAUAUGCGCCCUACUUUAUUAUUUUACUCUGUCUAACACCAAAUAAUCUUAAUCAUUGGAGGGAGAGUGCUGCCACUCAAUGGAAUACUCAGACUGCCCAUGCACCCUGUUAACUGUUUACUGUUUAAUGCCAUAAGAUUUUACUUGGCAGGGGGAUAGUGAUACCACUUGAUGGGUUAAUUCUUAUUCAUCUUUAUUAUUUUUAUGUGAAGGACAAACUGUUUCCAGCUAUUCUGAAACAUUGGAAAAAAUACCAAAAAGCAUUGAUGGACCAACUAAAAAGCAACGAAGAACCUCUGGUAUUAGCAGGAGAUGGAAGGCACGAUAGCAUGGGGCAUAGUGCUAAGUAUUGUGCCUACACAAUAUUUUGUUGCACAGAACCUGCUAUAAUUGAUUUCUCACUUGUCCAGGUAUAAAAACAAAAAUUGUUGUCCCCAAUUAGAUUAAAAAUAUAAAACAGAAUUCCUAACAGGAGU